UACACCAUUACCAUGGAAAAGACAACAUCUGAGACGUCAGAGGGUGAAACUAAGCAGACGGAAAGUGGAGAGUUUGUGAGCCUAGGCUCCGCCCACUUCCGGCAGCUUGUUCACAUAAAAAGCCUCUUGCGAGUGGAGAUUCUCGAUCAGUGUGAUUGGUGAGGUUGUGAGGACGACAUGGACACACUUCAGGUGAGCCUGGCAUGUCUGCUGCUGAAGAUGAACUUUCACCCUGUCACUGCCCAGAAUGUGAAGGUGAGGAUCCUGCCAAACUGCCAACCGUGUCCACAAGCUGCUGAUCAGGAAACUGUGAUCGGGUGUUCGGCGUUCGCUGACUCUGUGUGUCGAAACAAGAGCGCUGCUGUGGUCACUCCGUCGCGCAGACCUCCUGAACCUACAGCCUCCACCUUUCACAAGAGGAUCCACCUUCCUAUCAUAGGUCUCUCUGUGUUAUUGGUUUUGCUGCUCGGAUUGGUUCUGACCCGGCUGUCUUGCCGAUGCAACAAUUACAACAAAAUCAAAGGUAACAAGCCCCUCCCACUACUGCCAAGCCCUUCCCACGACUGCCAAGCCCCUCCUAUAACUACCAAGCCCCUCCUGCUACCCUCAAGCCCCUCCCGCUAUUGCCAAACCCCUCCCACUACACCAAAGCCCCUCCCACAAUUGACAAGCCCUCCACACUGCUUGACAAGCCACUCCCACUAUCUGACACACCUGUUGUUCCUUCAUAGGUCUGGAUCUGCUGUAACUGAUCAGAUCCAGAAUGAGGGUCUCUAUGGGUACAGGGUCUCCAGGUGAAAACCAGCCCAGAUUCAGUCUACAUGUAGUCACGUUUUACUCCAGCUGUGGUCUAGCUUCCAGUCCAGGGUGCACCUAGCCUCUUGCCCAAUGAAAGCUUGGAUCAGCUACUGCCACCCGCGACCCUAAACAGGACACGUGGUGUACAUAACCAGUCGAGUCCAGGUUUAGUCCAGGUUUAGUCCAGGUUUAGUCCAGGUUUAGUCCAGAUUAAGACUAGCUGCAGUCAAAUUGUAGUGCAGGUGUAGUCCUGGUGCAGUCCAGGAGCAGUUUAGGUGUAGUCCUGGUGUAGUCCAGGAGCAGUUUAGGUGUAGUCGUGGUGUAGUCCAGGAGCAGUUUAGAUGUAGUCCAGGUGCAGUUUAGGUGUAGUCCAGCUGUAGUCCAGGUGCAGUUUAGGUGUAGUCCAGGAGCAGUUUAGGUGUAGUCCAGCUGUAGUCCAGGUGCCGUUUAGCUGUAGUCCAGGAGCAGUUUAGGUGUAGUCCAGGAGCAGUUUAGCUGUAGUCCAGGAGCAGUUUAGGUGUAGUCCAGGAGCAGUUUAGCUGUAGUCCAGGUGCAGUUUAGGUGUAGUCCUGGUGUAGUCCAGGAGCAGUUUAGGUGUAGUCCAGGAGCAGUUUAGGUGUAGGCCAGAUGUUGUUAAGGUGUAGUCAAGGUAGUGUCCAGGUGUAGUCAAGGUAGAGUCAAGGUGUAGUCCAAGUGUAGUCAAGGUAGAGUCCAGGUGUAGUCAAGGUGUAGUCAAAGUGUAGUCAAGGUAGAGUCCAAGUGUAGUCAAGGUAGAGUCCAGGUGUAGUCCAAGUAGAGUCCAGGUGUAGUCCAAGUGUAGUCAAGGUAGAGUCCAGGUGUAGUCAAGGUAGAGUCAAGGUGUAGUCAAGGUAGAGUCCAGGUGUAGUCAAGGUAGUGUCCAGGUAGAGUCAAGGUGUAGUCCAAGUGUAGUCAAGGUAGAGUCCAGGUGUAGUCAAGGUAGAGUCAAGGUGUAGUCAAGGUAGAGUCCAGGUGUAGUCACAGGUGUAUUCACUAUAUUGCCCCCCUUUUUCAUCCAAUCAAAAUGAAGAGCAGCUACUCACCUGUGUGUAACAUAACAACAUGUCAUGACAUCACUUCCUGUUGAAUGCCAUGUGUGAAAGCUGUGUUUGAAACCCCACACGGAGGUACUGCAUACACUAACCGUAUGAACGGCAUGCUAAUAACAGUUAGCAUGCCGUUAGCAACAUACUCAACUUCCUGUCUGAGCUAUGGAAGACAAGCUAGCUUCAAGCUAACGUGACGUUGCUCAGUAAAUAGAAUUUUACAACAAUAAAACAUCCACGUAAUCAUUUUAAUAUUACAUGGAAACAUAAAAAAACAUAUUAUAGUAUUAAUAUUCUGAGAGCCACAAUGCAUUGUGGGGGGGGGGGGGGGGGGUUAGUAUGACAGGUGUGCUCCCGUCUCAUACUGAAAACAAAAUCUGGCUAACUAGAAAUCGGACACAGCCCUAGCUCUGUUCUUUUGAGGAUCUUUGAUUAUUCAGAUCGUUUCAGAGAUUGAAUAGACAGACAAGAUGUCUCACUCUGCUGGUGAACUCUGGUUCUGCACCGGCAGAGUCUGGCUUCUCCAGGACUGGGUUAUGCGUUCUGGGUCCAGGUGUUGACCCCCGUUCAGUCCCUGAGACCUGUUGGAGACUAAAGUUUACCUGUGGCUUUAUUUUAAGGUGUGAUUUGAAAUGAUGCUUUAAAUAUAUUAUGUCCAAAUCUAAGUCAGUUUUAACCACAAGCACGUCAGUGAGCUGUAACCAUGGUAACAUCAGUGAACUGUAGCUGGUAUGUGUUGUUCUGUUAUUGAUGUUUUCUAUGUUUAAAAAUAAAACAAAACUGCAUAAAAAAGAAA